AUGGGAACUGAAUACGACCAAAAACUUUAUAACCAAUUAAUGGAAAAGUACAAAGAAUAUGAUGAAGUGUUGGAAAAGUUAUAUAAUAUCAAACCAGAGAUCGUUGAAGAUCUUUUCAUCAAAAUCAAAAAUGUAUUGAAAAAAUACAAAAUGUAUCCAAUAUUUUUUAUAAACGUAAUUGCUACUUUUCUACAAUAUAAUUCAUAUGCAGCUGAAUCUUACUGGACCAUUGUCGAUAUGCUUAUGAAAGAAUACAAAAUAAAAAUCGGACAACAAGCUUUGGAGUAUCCAGGCAGAUUAAAGAUAUUAUUAAUGCAGAAUUACCCAAAGAAGUUGUUAUUUCUUAAAAAAAUGCAGUUCAAAGUCAAAGAUAUUUUUAUUCCUAAUACUGAUAAAACAAUUGAAGAUCAUUUUAAAAAUGAUGAUGUCAGUUAUUUUAAAGAUAAACCCAUACAAUUCCUCAUCAAUUACUUUAAUUUAUGCAUCAAAUUAGGUGCAGUAUCAUGCUACAAAUACUUUAAAUCUCAAGGCCUUCAACCAUGUUCAGACAAUUUAGAACAAGCGAUUGUUGGAAGAAACAAAGAAAUUCUCAUUGAUGUGAUCGAAAAUUUGCCACAAAAAUGUUUUAUGUUCACAAAAUAUGAGCAAAUAAGAGAUCUUGAACUUAUUCAACUUCUUGAGAAACAUAAUCAGACAUUUGAUGCAUCUUCAACUGCAGACUAUUAUAACUUGCCUGGUUAUUUGUAUUUGUUAUCAAAAAAAAUGCUAAUUUGA